AUGACGUCGAGCUGCACAUCCCUAGGCCCCUUGCCGCCACCGGCCGAGGUGACGCAGACUUCGUUUGGGAAGUCAAAGGGGGCAAAAGACUUGAUGAGAACGACAACACAGUACCAGUGGCGGAGAAAGAAGCAGGAAAGAGAGCGCCAUUCUGCCUUCAAGCUUCAAGCGCAGAAAUCGCUGAGCAAACUGAAAGCGGCUGAUACGAAGAAUGGAGGCUUGCUCUCGGCGGACGUGUAUGACCCUCCAGCCCGGGCGCGCUACAUAUGCCCUGGGAGCUUCGACGAUGACCCAGAGCUAGCGCCCAUGGUGCGGCGGGUCCUCGACCUCAAGAAGUUGCUUGGGCCAACGCAAGGCUUGAGUCCUGCGGACUGGGACUUCUCCAGAACGAGCCACCCGAACCAAACGGAGGUCCAGGACUGGAUCUCCAAGACCCUCGCCUCAGCUCCAAGGCUGCCAGAACCAGAGAUAAAGCUACCGGCCCCGAAGCCGCGGCGGAGAGCGCGGCGGAGGAGAAGCAGUAUAGGACAAGCCGAAGCGGACAAGGCAAUAGUGGAACGACUGACUGAUGGUUCAGGCGCCCCUUCAGAGGAUUGGGGGGUGCUUUCUGAUACGAGCGAUUUUCUUCAGCGGAUCAAGUCAGGCACCCUUUUGUCGGAAGACAAUGUGCAGAGCAUUCAACGGCUGUUUGACAGCCACUGCGAUCGUGACUCGAAGCUCAUCCCGAAGGACUUGGUGCAUCAGGUGCUGGAAGAGUUUGGUAUUCAUAGUCCAGACAGGCAGCUGCUUGCUAAGAUCAUCAACGAGGUGGCACCAUAUUCCCAGCAAGUGGACCUCACAGACCUCACAGAUAUCAUUGAGAAGUGGCUGUUAAGAGAGAAAGACUUCAUGGAGGAGACCUUCAAGUCCAUGGACAAGGACAGCAAUGGGAACGUUUCGGUUCAAGAGCUGCUACACUACUUGGGUGCUGUGGGCAUAACUCCACUGCGUAGCCGGGUGAAGGAGGUGCUCGACUUGGUGGACAGAGACCGCAAUGGCACCCUGGACUUCGAAGAGGUGGUGCACCUCAUUUUCCUCUACAGGCAGACAGAGGGCUUCAGCUUGAAAGAAGUUAGAGUUCUUCGUGGGAUUUGUGCGCGGGAGGCAAACGGGGAGAAAGGUUUGCCCCGCUUCAAGCUGAAGGAUGUGCUGCUGCUUUUCUUCGGGCCCCACUGCCAGCAGAUCACCGAGCAGCUCUUCAAGGAGGCGGGCGCAAAGGAUGCGCAAAGUCUCAUGCCCUUGAGCGAGGUCUUGCUGUGGGCGCGCCGGCAAAGAGAGCAAGAAAUCAAGGUGUUCCGGCAAAAGUUCCAGAUGAUCGACUCCAACCACAAUGAACGAAUCGAACUCUGCGAGCUGAGCAAGCUUGUUGGAUAUUUGGGCUUCACCGUGGGCGAGGCGACAGUGCAAGAGCUGCUGCUGGAGAGCGAAGACGAUUUGUUUGGUGGCCGGAAGGACGGGGUGCUGGACUUUGACGAGUUUGUCAACUUCAUGGUGAAGCUCCAGUCGAGGGAAGGAUUCAGCAUCGCAGAGGUGAAAAGAUUCAAGGAGGUUUUUGACCGCUUUGACGACAACGGAAAUGCUGAGGUUGAAGUUCUGGAGCUGGCUGACGUGAUGAGGUACCUGGGCAAUAACGUGAAGCUUGAUGACCUGCACAUCCUCAUUAGCCAGGUGGAUUUCAAUGGGAGUGGGGCGCUAGAGUUCCAAGAAUUUCUGCGGCUCAUGCGAAUCCACCGUGAGGAGGAGGUCAAACAGAUUCAACAAAUCUACAACCAAUUCAUGGAUGAGUCGAUGCAAGCAAUGCCCAAGGCAGCUCUGCCGGGGGCAAUGUCCGCUCUUGGCUUCUCAGGCGACUCCGUGUCUCUGACGAAGAUGCGUGCCAAGGCUUCAGGCCGGCGGCGGUCGCUUCAAGUAGAAGCUGCAGGACGUUUGGAGGAUGCAGGCGAUGCCAUCUCCUUCGAAGGGUUUUUGCAGUGGGUGGACGACCACCGCGCAGUGAAGGUGACGGAGCAGCGCCGAUGUGCUGCGUUCAGCAGCGCAGAGCUCGACUCCUUCCGCUUGGUAUUUGCCGAGCUUGACGCGCAAGGCAGCGGAGUUCUGGACAUCAAGCAGAUAGGACCCUUGUUCGAGAAGCUGGGGCUGCCAUCGUUGACGACAGCGGAGGCUCGCAACACCGCACUCUCGGAUUUGGAGAAAGCCAGAAGCACAGCUGCUGAGUGUGGAGUGUCAGACACCGGAUCAAAAGGUGAAGGUGUCAACUUCUGGGUGCUGGUGCAAUUGCUGCGCAUCCAGUUCAGUCGGGACGACGGCAGGGUCGUGGAACGGGAGGCGCAAGCAGUCAGCGAAACUUCGUUUUCGCAGGCAGAAGUCGAUAGCUUCAGAGAAAGCUUCGUAUCCUGGUUCGAGCACCAGGUGAACGCUUCGACAACUCAAAGUCAGGAGAAGGCUACCCAAAGGGUCAAGGAGCUGACGAAGGAGACAUUGGGCAGCCUGAUUCGGUCCCUCGGUGUCAAAGUCAACGAGGACCAUCGAAAGAGGCUGGACCGAAAGAUUGAAGAGCUGAACCCAAAUUCCAUCAUCGACUUCCCGGAUUUCUUGCGGCUCAUGCGAUGGAUGGUCACCGUGGACUUCGGUGGCAUCAAUCGGGGCUGA